AUGGCACUGAAGAGAGCUGGGAUUAUCCUUACAGGUCUCCAAUGCCUCUUUCGAGAGCAAUUUCCGAAAAUGCCCAAAGAUUACAUUGCACGUCUUAUCUACGAUCGCGCUCAUUUGUCGAUCGCCAUCGUCAAAAUGCCUCUGGUGGGUAUUGGCGGAAUAUCCUUCCGAGAAUUUCGGGACCGCAAGUUUGCCGAAGCUGUUUUCUGCGCCGUUUCAUCUGAUCAGCAGAAACAACAUUUUCCCAGAGAGAUCUCUCUUGACAAGGCUAUCUGGAAGGGCUCUCAAGGAUUGCGAAGGAGGGACGCUCAUGCAAUGCUCCAUGCUUCCCCGAAUAUUACGUUAUCUCAAAACCGGGCCUCGCCUCCGCAGUGGACUGACAGCGCUGUCACUCCAACAGAUCCACUCUCCAUCCCUGCGAUCCUGACAACGGGCUGGUCUCCAGAAAUCCUCUCCAACAUCCGGCAGGAUGAUGCCAGUUCUGCCCAUGUCAACUCUCGCAGCUGA